AUGCUGCCGACUUGGCGACUGCGAGGCGAGGCUCGAGUCAGCGCCGCCAGAGCCAGACUCGAGGCAGACAGCUCAGCCGCCUCCGGUCGCGUCAGCGGUCAUCGAGGACGUCGUGGCUAUCAACGUUCGGCACGAACCAGCCUCUCGGUUGUCUUGGCAACGCCAGGUAGACAGUCGGCAGAGUCGGCCGGAGGCCUGUGCUCGAGUCCCUGCAGCGAGACGAUCUCGAGCCGCUCGGGUCUGCUGGUCUUCCAGCAGGGCCGGCACUUUCUCGCCUCAGGCCCUGCCGACGCCCAAAGACCUCUCGCCUCGACGACUCGUCUCGACGACGCCGCCGGGUUCGCCCGACUCGACGGCCACCGGUUGCUCUCGCGGCGACCGGGACUCGACGGCCGACCGCCUCCUCCCAUUGGCUGUCUGGACGACCCACAGGCCUUGACCACUUCGACCCGGUGCCCUUUGGCCCCGAAGCCGAGCAGUCCUCCAACCUCCUCCGCCUCCGCCGCAUUCCCCCCCUCCGCCAAACCCCCCUCCCACUUCGCCUCGUGUCACAGCCCAGACGAACCUCUCCCCCCGAAUCAGCACACCCAAAUUUGGCGCUUGGAUUUAAUCUGUCGCCCAGACGAGGCGAGCCCUCCAGAACAGGUGAGUUGCCAUGUGAUCUCUUUUUUUCGUAAGCUAGUACGUUGUCUCGACUACCGGUAA